GAGGAAGCGUGAACGCCAUGAUGUUUCUUGACCACUCAAGCAAAGAGGGAAGAUGAUAAACAGUAUCUUUGCUCCGUAUGAGGGAACGAACGCAAAUGCGAAGAGAUUAGCAGGCAAUCCCACUUCCAGAUGUGACUGUGCCAUAGACUAGCAGGUUGUGCCUCCUGGUGACUGUAUGAGUCGUUUGAGUCCUUAUAGCAUUUGAUCUAGAGGCGGACAACAUGUCCAAUGACAGGCCAGGCUCGGGCUUUCUGCCUACUUUCAACUUGAACCCGAUGCUUGCCCUUCCUACCAACGCGAUCCCCACAAAGCGAGGCGGUGCUGUAGGAGGCCAUGACGGGAACGACAUUGGAUCCAUGUUGCCGGCUGCAAGCAUCUCACACUCGAUGAUGAGCUUGCAGCACGGGAACCUGGCGAAUGCAGGGCUGCACAGCAACAUGGCGUCGCUCGGCCUCCAGCAGGCUGCCCUGCAGAACGCCAGCCUGUCGAUGAUGGGGAACGCGAACGGCAUGUUUGGUGGAGGAGACUUGCUGAGCAAGCUGCAGUCGACUAUGGGCUUCCCAACUGCGGCGAGAGACGCCAUGCUCACGAACGCUGGAGUCGUGAGCUGGGGCAUGCCGGGGUUUUCUCUUCAGGGUCAAGACCUGCGGGGCGGGGGAGGUAUGAGCUUGGCAGGGGCAGCAGGGCUGGCAAGUGCAGCCAAUGAGCAGAUGCUGCAGCGACUGAACCUUCAGAGCAUCAUGCUACAGAACUUGGGACACAUGGAUCG